GUCAGUUCCCUCUCCUUCACACCACCAGUGUCUACGCAGCGGCCGCAGGGGAAGGACCUCGAGUGCUGUGACGUACCGUAACAUGGAUCCAGAUUUAUAGGUGGAAUUAAUACGACAUUGUAUGGACAUUGUAUUGAUCUCUCCUGGGACUACUGACAUUCAUUCAUACCUUGGAUGCGAAUCAUAUUAGGCGAAUUGAUUGGAUUUGUUUUGGACAACCUACGAGGGUUAGUCUACGCGAGGAGACAAGUGCGCAGAUAUAACCGGGGAAAUAAGCCAAGAACGACAGCAAAAAAGGUGUUUUGGUGAAAGAAACAGUACUGCUCUGCAGUUGUCCGCUGAGUGUGAGAAAUUCUGCUGUCGCAAAAUGGAAUCUUAACUUGAGUGUGUGAGGAGAAUGUUAAUGAACGUCGCGCUGCGUCCUAGCGACGCGGGCACUCUCCCUCUCUGCUGCUAAGGCGAAAGCGGAGCCAAUCUUUUAACCGGAGCGCGCAAAGGGGCUCGUCAAUGACUUAAAACUGUUAUCAAUAUCAUCGUUCUUUUUCGUCUUAUGAAUUCGCUUAUGUGUUUUUGAGCAUUGGAACGCUAUAUUCUGAGAGGGUGCGCAGAAGGGUCAUACGGUCCUUCCACCUGCCAUUGAAAAUGGGCAACAGUUUCUCCAACAUAUCUGCCUUCCAGUCCCUGCAUAUUGUGAUGCUGGGGUUGGAUUCCGCUGGCAAAACGACUGUUCUGUACCGACUCAAAUUCAACGAAUUUGUAAAUACUGUGCCAACGAUCGGAUUCAACACGGAGAAAAUCAAAUUGAGUAAUGGCACGGCAAAGGGGAUUAGUUGUCACUUCUGGGAUGUCGGAGGCCAGGAGAAGCUACGGCCUCUGUGGAAGUCUUACAGUCGUUGCACAGACGGUAUAAUUUAUGUUGUAGACUCGGUAGACGUCGACCGUUUAGAGGAAGCCAAAACAGAAUUGCAUAAAGUCACAAAAUUCGCCGAAAACCAGGGAACACCCCUGCUGGUGAUAGCCAACAAGCAGGACCUGCCCAAAUCUCUUCCAGUUGCGGACAUCGAGAAACAGUUGGCUCUCCACGAGCUUACACCAUCCACCACCUAUCACGUCCAACCUGCUUGUGCCAUAAUUGGCGAGGGACUUCACGAGGGCAUGGACAAACUGUAUGAAAUGAUAGUGAAAAGAAGGAAAUCUUUAAAGCAAAAGAAGAAACGAUAACGACCGUUUAGGUUGUGUGGACAUGACAAGAAAGAAAUACUGUUAACUAAAUGCUAUUCGGGUAUGCCAUUGUUGCCCUAUGAAAGGUUUACUUUGCAGUGAUCUUUGUAUUUCCUUUUCAUUUUGUUUGUUGUCCAAGUGGCUGACGCUGUGAACCCUACUGAAUGAUGCUUUUGCACGUAUGAGGGUGCCUCUGAGUGCGGGAUAUUUACCAAGGUUAACCAAAAAAAGAAAACUUGAAAUUACUUUUAUCGAUCUUACGAACAAAAAGCAUUGAUACAUGACAACGGGCUGGCCCGUGAAUUGCUGCUUUACCAUGCAUUUUCAACAGUAGCUCGACAUUUUAUUUUGAAGAAAAAAAGCUUCAAUCCAGUAGCAUUAGUACUGUUAAGGACAUUCGGACAUUCUAUCAACAGGUCUUCGAGGAAUGCUUCUGUGGAGAAAAUAACAAGUUUUAUUUUGCACGAGAGGUGGGUCAUUUUGACCCCGGCUCAUUCAGAAAGAGACUGAAGCUAAGAGAUGUUGUUUUUUUGAAUCUCUCAGUGAUUCAGAUUCAGUAAACCGGGUUGAGGAACGUUGAAGUAGCCUUUACUAUGCGUGGUGGACUAAGGAGAAAAUUGCCUGCUAAAUGUAGUCCACUACUUUGCACUUUUCAUUUCCUAACAAAAAUAGUAGAGUACUACACUGUAUAGCAAAGCAAGCCCAGGCUGUUUAUGUACUAGAAAGCCAAAAUUGAAGUAUUUUUUGAUCAUUAAAAGAUUUAAAAGCA